CCAGUACUCCACAAGAAGAAACAAACACACAUAGAAAACAGAGUUCAUCAUCAUCUUCUUCAUCUCCCAAAAAUGCCUUCUUCAUCAGUAUUUAUAACUUCCAAAUCCACAGUCAUUCCAAAUCAAAAAUCCGCCAUUAAAUCACUCAAGCUUUCAAUUUCCGAUCUUCCCAUGCUCUCAUGUCACUAUAUCCAAAAGGGUGUUUUACUCACUCGUCCCCCAUCAAUUCCAAUCGAAUCACUAAUCCAUCUCCUCAAGCUUUCACUCUCAACAACCCUAACCCACUUCCCUGCCCUCGCCGGCCGUCUUGAUACUGAUUCCUAUGGACACGUUCACAUCAUUUGCUCCGACGCCGGUGUUGAUUUUGUUCAUGCCAAAGCCAAACAUUUCUUCAUCAAUGAUCUUCUUUCACCUAAUGAUGUUCCAUCUGUUUUCAAACAGUUUUUUACCAUGGAUAACACUCUUAGCUACGCCGGCCAUAAGAACCCACUUGCAGCUGUUCAAGUUACAGAACUUGGAGAUGGAAUCUUCAUCGGAUGUACAGUUAAUCAUGCUGUAACCGACGGCACAUCAUUCUGGAAUUUCUUCAAUACAUUUGCAGAGAUCACAAAAGGGGUCAAAAAGAUAUCGAAAUCACCUGAUUUUUGCAGGGAUACUUUGUUUAACUCGCCGGCGGUUCUGAAAUUUCCGGUUGGUGGACCAACCGCGACAUUCUCCACCGAUCAACCGUUGAGAGAACGGAUAUUUCAUUUCAGUAGGGAAGCGAUAUUGAAGAUGAAAUACAGAGCAAAUCGGAAACUUGAGAUUUCAGAAACGCAAUGGGAUAAAAAUGGAAAAACUGAUGAGAUUUCAUCUUUUCAAUCUCUUUGCGCUCAGCUAUGGAGAUCGGUAACACGCGCUAGGGGAUUACAACCCAUAAAAUUGACAACUUUCAGAAUGGCGGUUAACUGUCGCCAUCGCCUGACGCCGUCGCUUAACGCGCUCUAUUUUGGAAACGCGAUUCAGAGCAUCCCGACCGUUGCUGAAGCCGGAGAUCUACUCUCUCUAGAUCUACAAUGGACGGCAGAUCUACUUCACCGGAACGUCGUUGCCCACGACGAUUCCACUGUCCGGCGAGGAAUCAGUGAUUGGGAAUCAAACCCACGUUUAUUCCCACUUGGAAACCCAGAUGGAUCUUCAAUAACGAUGGGAAGUUCGCCGAGAUUUCCGAUGUACGAUAACGAUUUCGGAUGGGGUCGGCCGGUGGCGGUAAGAAGUGGGAAAGCUAAUAAAUUUGACGGGAAGAUAUCGGCUUUUCCCGGAAGGGAAGGCGGCGGAUCGGUGGAUCUGGAGGUGGUUUUGUCGCCGGAGACUAUGGCUAGGCUGGAGGAGGAUAUGGAAUACAUGCAGUACGUGUGUUGAGAGAGGGGUAUAUUCGUAAUUUCAUAUCAGAGUGAAUUAAGGGUUGUUUUUAUCUAUUAUUAAUUAUAAAUAAUAUAUAUAUAUAAAUAUAUAUAUAUUAUGGGUAUUCUGUAAUGAAGAUGAAGGUGUUGUCUGCCCAAUUUCAAUCAUAUUGAUAAAUUGAAGCCUAAUCUUUCUCUUA